GCUUCUAGUUGCCAGGGCAACAGCGUUCUUUGAGACAGCGGUCUCCUGCUGCCUCUUUCAUCUUCACAGAGGAGGCGGUGGCGGGAAAAACCGGUCCCCUUCGAAGGGAAGUGGAGAGAGUCAGUGUCUAGGCGUCCAGCUUUCUUCCCCACCGAGAAGUUGAGGGGCCGCACGCACCACGGGCAGAGAUGGCCAAAUACACAGAUAGCCUGUCAGUUACAUUUCCUGUGAACCGUGGUUUAUUUAAUUUGCGAUGUUUCUGAGGAAGCCUAAUAGCAGCCGAGCAGCCUUUGAAACAGAUGGAAAGGUUUCCGGAGUCUUAGCUGAUCCACAUCAUGGCUCGGUCCCCGUGCUUGGCCUUUUUUGAGAUGUAUUAUAUUGGCUCUGCCACAUCCCUCCAGCUCCCCACUCCUCUCAAGCUGCAGAUGCCAAUGGAUAUUAUAAAGGGGAACCUAGACGGAAUUUCAAAACCAGCCUCAAGUUCAAGAUCACGUCCUGGGAGCCGAAGUUCAAAUGGUUCUCUGGAGGUGCUCACACCAGAACCAGGGUCUGUCAAGAUUGACAUGGUAAACAAGUUGAAUUCUGGCCAAGAGGGCCACACAUCAAACAGUGGUGUGGAAGAAAGAAGGAAUAGUAAUGAUGCUAAGUGGGCAGACGACUCCAAGACAAAACCAGCCAAGGAGAGCUCAGAUGAAGACCCGGACAUGCCUCAACCUCAGGCGACCCCUGAGCAUUCAGAUGAUCCCAAAUUAGAAGAGACGAAUGCUGUACUUCAAAAUGCUAUUCGUAAGAUGCACAGACUCGACAAGCUAUUGGCCAAAAAACAAUGUAGAGAAAAGGAAGUUAAAAAGCAAGGUCUAGAAAUGAGAGUUAAGCUGUGGGAAGAGCUCAAGUCUGCAAAAAACACUGAAGACUUAGAAAAUGACGAGGAGUUGGGAAACACAAAAAAGUUUUUGUGCUUGACUUCAGAAUCUGCAGGGAAAGCAGCUGAGGCAUUGCAUUGUGAGUUUGAAGACGCCCUUUUCUCAGUGUUUCAUACUCAGAUUCCUCCAGAAACUUACGAAAAUCUCAUGGAGAAAGAUUUUACCUGUGAUGUGGAGAAAAAUGAACCAUUGAUCAUAACAGAAAAGCAACCAUUUUCAAAUACAGAAGCGAUUGAGCCUAGGAGUGAAGACAGCCAGGGUUUCAUUAGGCAGAACGCUGAACACAGCCAGGAUUUUAUUAAGCGAAACAUUGAGUUGGCCAAGCAUUCGAGAAGCCCAGUGGUCAUGGUUGAAGGAGAGAAGAAAAGACUGGAUGAGCUCCUGCAAGGCCUGGAUGAUGCAGACUCAGGACUCUCCAGUGCCGAGGGCGAUCAGUGCGGUUGGCUGGUUCCAGGAGAAGGCUAUACCCUUGCAGCCACUGAGUCUCAGCAGCUUGCUGAGAUUGACAUAAAGCUUCAGGAACUCUCUGUUGACUCUCCCACCAUCUUCAGCCUUGAAAGUCAGAGCCAUAAGGGUGAUAUGGAAUGUGAUGCCAAUGAAGAAAGAAAUACGGAACCAACUCCCGGAGAGAAGAUACUCCGGGACCGCAAAGAGCAAAGGGACCGGGAGUCUCGGCUGAGAGCCAUCGAUGGCAAGCUGAAAGAGCUCAGUGAACAGCUAAACUCCCCAACACGUCUUUCUGAGGAACAGCUGAAGUGUCUUCUGGAUGAGUGUGUCUCCAAACAGAAAUGCAUUGCUCUUGGUCUUUCUUCUGAAAGAGAAAACAAAGAUACUGAUACAGCACUUGGGUCCCCACAGCUUUGCCCAUCCACCCUCUGUGACUUACCAGAAGAGGCCGGAGCCAAGGUCCAGGAAACCCAGCUAGACGAUGCAAACAGGCUUGAGAGUGAGGGAUGUGCAUAUCCCGCAGACUCCUAUCUUACCAAAGCCUUGACUGGACACUACAAACCCGAGGCUCUGCUCCUCGAAGUAGAGACCAUGAAACACCUCCAGUUCUCCAAGGAGGAGGCUUUUAAUGAUGCAGUAGACUAUUUUAUGUCAAAGACCAUUGGCAUUGGGAGACUGAAAAAGCCCCCUUUCUUGGAUGAUCCCCUGGAUGACGUCAGCGUGAACUCCUCCUCAGAUGACCAAGAGUUGAAAACCAGCCUUGCAGAGAAAUCAGUAGUAGGUGAGGCUGGAGAGCAUGUGCUUUGUGAAUAUUUCUUAGACAUUUCAACCUGAGGAUACUGGAGUAAAAGGAGAGGCAGAUGCAGUACUGUACUGUAAACCUCAGAUGCUGUCCCUUCGAGCUUGCAAACAUAGGAGCAUACUUACGAUGUAAGGAGAGGUUCAUACUCACAUGAAAUGCAUUGUCCUUCAUGAUAAUUCGGUCAUUCAGAAAAUGGUGUUGGUUGUAGAGAAAAAGACAAAGUAUUUUGAAUGAUGAGAAGUAAUUUAAAAAGAUUUCAACCUCCAAACUUUAGUGAUACAAUUUUGUUUCUGGGAAUGAGUUUGCAAAAUACCUGUAAAUAUACCUGCAAAUACAUGUAUAUACUAUAAAAUACAUGUAAAAUGCCUGCCCAGACCACACCUGUACUCUCAGAUAUGAUUCUAUAGUUUAGUCUCAUAUUUUACGGUAGUACAAUGACACAGGAGGAUUUUUUUAGCAUAAACAAAUAUUCAAUUACUUAUCUGUGUCUGAAGUAGAUGUCAUAAUUUGUGAACAUAUUUUAACAGCUUAAACUUUAAUCUCUAAUGUAGUGUACUCUAAAACCUAUUAUCUAUUAAUCAUCUGUCUAUCAUCUAUCUGUCUAGUAUCUAUCUAUCUAUCUAUCUAUCUAUCUAUCUAUCUAUCUAUCUAUCUAUCCAUCAUCAUGAUCAUCUGUCUAUAUUCUCUCUGAGGUUUGUGAUAGGUUGACUUUGAGCUAACACCUGGUCUCAUGUCUCUAACUGCCUGCUAGGCAACUUGACAACCUCACACUCAGUUUUCCAUCUCUCCCUCUCAACUCACAUUUCUCUCCUGACUUCCAUUUCUUUAACCUCUUAGUCCUUAUUGAGUUGUCUUUUCUCUUGCUCGGGCCCUCCCCAGGUUCUGCACUCUCAAGCCCCAAACACUUUGAUCCCUCCUCCAGUGUCUCUCCGGCCCAGCCUUCUUUCCACCCCUCCCACUGUUGACAGAGUAAGCAUUUGAUGACCACACGUCUCAUGACAGUUGGAGGCUGGACAUUACCUGUUGAAUGAGCUGGCACUUCUUUUUUUUUUCUUAAAUUACGUAUUUUCUUCAAUUACAUUUCCAAUGCUAUCCCAAAAGUCCCCCCUCCCCUUCCUCCCCUACCCACCCAU